UGCCAGGUAGCCGUACACCGCGCCAGGGGAUAGUGGGCCGCCCGGGGGCCCACCACAACACUAUGGAGGAUAAUGGCGACGACAAGAGGAGUCUGCCCAAGCUGAGAGAGAUCUUUACCCGCCAGCGACACGACUCUGAAGCCAGCAUGACCGACUGCCCAGACAUUGAGUUCAACUACGACGAUGCCGACUUGCCAGAGAAUGAGAUAGCAGAGCUUUAUUCAUAUACAGAAGGCCCAGAGUUCCAACUCAACCUCAAGGCAUGGGAGGAGGUAUGCGGGGAACUUGGUGUUGUGCCACUGUGGCAGUCGGCCUCGGAUAUUAGCCACAGAACACUUGUUGUUCGUCUGGCUGACCAUCUGGAGCUGUGCAACCGUUCGCUGCGUAUGAGAGCUGCUCGGGCCAUCUUGUAUAUUGCUCAGGGAUGUUGGGGAGAGGUGCAGAGCGAUCGUGAGCAAAAUAUGUGGGCGCGGCGCAAUGUCUUCCUUCUAGUGCAGUGUGGAGUGUGGGCAUCUUUUUUGCAGCUCCUUCAUCUUGAGAUUGAAAGUACAGGUGGCAAUGAAAAUCAGCGCAAACUUGCAGUGUCUGCCAGCUUGGCAGACUCGGCUGACCUGAGAGUAAUUCUUUCAGUCCUCUACACCAUUGUUGAAACCCUGAGAGUGCCAAGUGAUGAUGACACUGAAGCUCAAACUCAAACCAGGUUAUAUUUCUGUGAGGAGCUUGGCCAACCUCAGGGAGAGGAUGAGGAGCUGGUAGCCAUGACACUGCUUGGGAUGGUGACGAGGUUCUGUAAUUCUUCUGCGCCUCACUUCCCCAUUAGAAAAGUCUUGCUCAUGUUGUGGAAGGUGCUUUUGUCAUCACUGGGGGGGACUCAACAAUUGGCUGUAAUGAAAAAUUCAUAUCGUGAGAGAAAUGGCCUGCAGGCGUGUGAGGAGGACACCCUGACCAUAGCCCGCACCAUGAGAGCAUCUUCACCCCCAGCUUCUGCAGCUGAUCUCAUAGAACAACAGAAUAACCAGAAAAGACGACCAUUCAGACGGCAAGGUCUUAUGAAGCAGAGCAGUCUUGAUGACAGUGUGGGUGAGCUAGACCUAGCUGCUGCUGCUGAUGAUGACGAGCAGCCCACAAAUGAUAUGGAUGAGCCUCCUGAUCUACCGCAACCUCCUUCUCCACGGCCAGGAACGCCCGUACCCAAUAAUAUUACAAAUAAAGGUCUACCAUGGACUCCAAAAGUUCGACAAAAAGACAUAGAUUCGUUCUUAGAUUCAACUCGUAUAAAAUUUGUGGGAUUUCAGUUACAAGGUGACAGGACAUCAUUGGCUGGCCUCCCGUUACCAAUCCAUGAAGGUGUAAAAGUUCUCGGCAAACAUGUGUAUAUAUCGCUAUCAGAAAUACAAAUACGUCAAGAGGAAGAAAUGACGAGAAACCCAUUAUCAAACCCAGAAUCGGACGUUCCUCAGACACCCUCCGAGAUCCUCUACCAGGCAAUGUUGCCAACACUACCACAGUGUAUGAUAGCACUGCUGAAGAUCCUUCUGGCUGCCGCACCAACCUCCAAGGCCAAGACUGACUCCAUAAACAUAAUGGCUGAUGUACUUCCAGAGGAAAUGCCUAUGACGGUGGUGCAGAGUAUGAAGCUUGGUGUAGACGUCAAUCGUCACAAGGAGGUGCUAGUGAAGGCUGUCUCGGCAACACUCCUGCUGCUGCUCAAACAUUUUCGCAUCAAUCAUAUAUAUCAGUUUGAAUUCAUGUCUCAGCAUCUGGUCUUCGCCAAUUGUAUUCCACUCAUAUUAAAAUUCUUUAACCAAAACAUCAUGGCUUAUGUUCAGGCCAAAAACACGAUACCAUUAUUAGACUUCCCAGCGAGUGUCAUUGGAGAUCCUCCAGAAAUGACAGCAGAGGCUCUGGAAGCCGGGAGUGGAAGCCCUGCGGGAGGAAACACCAGUCCUGGGGGAAGUGGGGGAAGUCCGAGUGGCGGGUGUGGAGAAGGUGGGGGUGGUGGUGGUGGUGGGAAUCAGGGAAGUGUCAUCUGUUGCUGGAGGAAUAUGUUCUCGUGCACCAACCUCCUGAGAAUUCUCAACAAGCUUUGCAAGUGGAAACAUUCCCGCAUAAUGAUGCUUGUUGUUUUCAAGUCUGCUCCUAUACUGAAACGCACACUAAAGGUAAAACAUGCGAUGAUGCAGCUGUAUGUUCUGAAACUGCUAAAAAUGCAGACCAAAUACCUUGGGCGACAGUGGCGCAAGACCAACAUGAAGACCAUGAGCGCCAUCUAUCAGAAAGUGCGGCACAGACUAAAUGAUGACUGGGCCUAUGGAAAUGAUCCAGAUGCUCGGCCAUGGGACUUCCAGGCAGAAGAAUGUGCACUGAGAGCAUGUGUUGAUAGGUUUAAUUCUCGACGAUAUAACUCGACAGUGGAUCCUGACUUUGAACCGUUAGAUAACUGUGCCACUAGUGUGUUGGGACGGCCUGUUGAAUUGACAGAGGAAUUUAAAAAACACUAUGAGGUGUGGCUACAGCAGGAAGUGUUCUCAGCAGCCAUAGACUGGGAUCAGCUCUUGGCUCCCAAUAUGUGAAGAGGCAAUGGGAUCUUAUGGUCAGGUUGAUAGAGUUGCACAUACGGUAUUGUGUGAUACGUAUUAUUAAUUUUGGCCCUCCCUUACAAACAUGAGUUCUGGGAAAGAAUAAUUUUUUUUUAGACCAAUAUAGAGCUUGAAAGUCCAUUCUGAGUUGAUAAGAGGAGAAAAAUGUUGAUUAAUAGCUCUGCACAAAGCAUGUACCCAGUACAUGUCAGAUAGAAGUAAAUAAUAAUGUUACUAUUAAUUAAAUAUAUUGCCAUAUAUAUAUUUAAUAUGCUUACAUUGGGACCACAUUUGGAAGGCAUAAAUUAUUACACGUAUUGCCUUAGUAGACCUCUGUUGGGUUAUGAAUCUCUUGGUAAGGAAUAACAAUCAGUCGUUUACUGUAUGUACAAUAUUUACGGGUGGACCACUUUCUCUGCUCUUCCUCCUUGGUGUCAUUAAUUAUACAUGAUGGUAAACUAGUUGAAUAUCCAAUCACAGCAUUUUCUUGUGGCUAUGUAUUUAAAAGAACUUGCAUUUGUUUGGUCUUAGUAAAAUAUAUUUUGGCCACCCUUAACUUGCUUUAAUAGCAUAAGUUUGAGGACAUAAACACUGUGAAGUCUUUGCCUUAAAACUAUGUUCUGUAUUUCCAUUAGUGUAUUAGGUGGCCGCAGAUGUGAAGGUGGUGAAAAUAUUAUCAGCCAGUCGUAAAAAAUAGAACCAUAUGUAUUCUCAGAAGUUGGUUGAUAAAUGUGUAUUAUAUGCACUCGACUUUGGUCUACACAGUAAACACAUGAACCAUCUUACUUACAAGUGUGAAAGUUGCAUGUGAUGUACAGUGUAAAGAUGUAUGCAUAAUCUGCCAGUGUAAGUGAGGUGAAUGGGAGGGAGGGAAUUAACAGGGAAAAGUGCCAAGCCAUUAUGACUAUAUAGCCCUUGGAAGGAGUUUGGAUAAGGAUUUGGGAUGGAACGGAGGAAAGACGGGAGGAAGGAAUGGUGCCCAACCCCUUUAUCGGUUGGGGAUUGAACGCCGACAUGCAUGAAGCGAGACCGUCGCUCUACCGUCUAGCCCAAAUGGUUGGGCAUGGUGAAUGGGAAUGGAUAGUUACUGAUGCGGAGGUACAAGGCUGAAGAAUAGAAUAUGAAUAGGCGGAAUAGACUAUGAAUGUGGUGAUUAAAAUAUUAAGAGCUUCAGGGGCAAGAAUGUGUAAAUGAGUGAAUGUGCAGCAGGGGUAUUGUCAUGCAGUGUGUGUCGGGCUGGAAUGAUCUUGUACAGAAGUGUAUGGCAGUUUUGAUAUGCCAUGGUGUAAUUAGAACAUCUGCAGAAAUGCAAGAAUUUUUUUUUUUUUUUUUUUUUUUUUUAACUCCUUAUUUUGUGAACUUUAAAUUUCAUCAUUAUGUAAUGUUUCCUAGUCAUGCAGUUCUUAUCUUGACUGCUCAAUUUUGUCCUCAGAGCGAUAUGUUCAUAUGGAAACUUUGUUAUUAAAUGGGUUGCAGUGCAGUAUUAUAGUUUACUACUUACUUACUGCUUCUUUUUGGUAAACAUUAUUGAAUAUGGAUAUCUUUUUCUUGGUAAGCAAGCCUUGGGGUAGUUAUUGACCUUGACAGUUUCAUUCUUCAUCAAGACGUUUUAUGUGGUAAAUUGAGCAGUAAUGGAAGAAAAGUUCUGGUAAACUCCUUGCAAAGUUUUCUCUUGUAACUUGAGAAAAUUUUUGGGUAAACUAGAUAUAGAUGAAAAAUGGAGGAUAGUCUAAUUACAGCUUCAUAAAAUAAAUUUUGGGGAGGUUCACAUUUACACAAUUAAAAUUGUCUUGUCUUGUAAUUGAAUUACCAAAAAAUUUCCCUUGCAUGAUUUUUUGUUUUACGUGUUCUAUUAUUUUGUAAAGUUCGGUGGUUUAUCUGUUUUAUACUGUGUAGCAAAACAUUUGUAAUGUCUCUACUGUGUUAAUAAAUUAUUUCCUUGUAAAUAUUGUAAUUAAAUACAUUUAAAAAGA